CAUCAUAUUAUUCGUUGUUACAAACUGAAAAAAGCCGAACGAUUCGAUUCUAUCGCUAACACUGUGUGUUUGAAAUUAUUAAAAUUGCGUUUACAUUUUGUUUUUGACAUUGUAACAUUUUAAUUGAAAAUAAAAACCAAAUAACAAAUCAUGUUGCGAAAUAUCGUUCGAAUCGGUGCAUUCAAAUCACUUGCAUCGCCAAUUCAACAAACUGUCGGAAUUCGCAGUCUUGGAGCCCGAUCUCUAUGGCACAUGUCCAAACCAAGUCUGAUUUCCAACAAAAAAUGCACGGGUUUUGCUGGUUGCCAGUGCGGAUGCGGUAAACGAUUUGCAUCAACCGACGGUGAAAAGGCUUUGAUUGAAUUCUUAAAAGACGAAAUUGAAUCGGAAAAAUCCACAUUGGCAGGACAUUUGCCAUCGGAUUUGAACGGAUUCCGAAUCAAAUUUGAUGUGGCCGAAGUUGAACUCACAAAAUCAUUACCAGACGAAAAAGUCAUCGUUAAAUUCAAUGUAAACCAUUCAGUUGACGCCGAUGAAAAUGAAAAUAUGGAUUUCGACAACCAACAACAAGCUCAACAAGAACAACCAAAAUUACUUAGCAAACCAAACUUUGAAGUUGAUAUCGUGAAAAAUGGCACCACCUUGUCAUUGUCCUGCACAUUCUUGGGUGGACAAGUACAAGAAGGCGAAUACGAUGAUGUGUACGGUAUCGAAGAAUUGACCAUUUUCAGAGGUGAACACAGCGAAAAGGUGUACGCUUGUGCCGGUGAUAUGCUUGAUGGGUAUUUCUAUGAUUUGCUCAUGAAUUUACUCGGCGAAAAAGGUAUCAACGAUGAAUUCGUCAACAAAAUCAGUGAAUUGGCCACACAAUACGAACAAACACUAUUCAUCAAUUUAUUACAAGAUACAAAAAAAUUCUUUGAAUCAAAAUGAACGCACCAAUAAUAUCGGCGAGAUAACCAAUAGCAUUUGUUUUUAAGUUGUUGCACAGCAAAACAUACAAAAAUCUGCAUUUAUUCAGAUACCAUUGAUUUAUAAUUUAGCAAUAAAUUUUAUCCAAAAACCAU